AAAUAAUAAAAAGUUGGCAACAACAUUUACAACAAAAUGGCAGCGCACAUAAAUUCUAGACAUCAACAAAUGAUAUAACAUUUCAAAAUGAAAGUGUGCGUUGGACAAGUUACUUUGCCAGGGGAUGAGUUUGAUAUGUCACCAUUGGAAAGCAACAAAAAAAUAGUUGUAGGUCCUGGAUUGGCAGAAUUUGAAGGAAUGAUAAAAAUAAUAAAGCCUGGAAUACUUCGGUAUCGUGAACCUGCAACCUAUUGGAUUGAUUCUCACCAGAAAAGGUAUGUUGCUAACAAAGGAGAUCUGGUAGUUGGUAUAGUGACACAAAAAGUGGGGGAUAUUUUUCGUGUUGAUAUUGGUAGCAGUGAACAAGCUAGUUUGUCUUAUUUAUCAUUUGAAGGGGCCACGAAAAGAAAUCGACCUGAUGUCAAGAUAGGAGACAUAGUCUAUGCCAAUGUAUUAGUUGCCAACAAAGAUAUGGAGGCAGAGCUAGUUUGUAUUGACAGUGAUGGUCAUAGUAAUGGGUUAGGUGUAAUACGAAGUGGUGGUUUUUUGUUUCAGUCUUCUCUACAUUUAGUGCGAAAGUUGCUAAACCCUAAUUGUGUUUUACAAAAAACUCUUGGAAAAACAUUUGAAUUUGAGACUGCUAUUGGUAUGAAUGGAAGAAUUUGGGUUCGAGCCCAAAGUGACAUACAGACAAUAACUAUGGCCAAUGCAAUCCUUGCUUCGGAACAUAUGAACAAUGUACAAAUUGAGACGAUGUGCAAAAAGCUGUGUAAAGUUGCUUCUAAAAUGGAUUGAUUUUUUAAAUUAAAUCUGUUAGAUUUUUCUUUUACUUGCUAAAAUAUUUUGUCAUUUCUGGGUAUGGCUAAAUGACUUUCUUUAAGCAAAUAUUUUUCCUAUUCUGACACCUGUAUAAAAAUCAUUUAUUGUAGUUUAUCUCUCAUAAAAACAUUAUUGGGUACCUGAAUUUGUAUGAUUAAAAAAUUUUGAUUAACAUAUAUAAAUGCCUUAUUUACAAUCUAUGUCACAUCUUCAUUUUAUGUAUAAUUAAAACUUAUCUAAAUGGACAGACUGGGCUUAUCAGCCUAGCUGACAGCCAGUCUAGGAAAUGGUAACUGAUUUAACACCUUCAUUUGUGUGUUAUCUGUAGGUGUUUUAAACAACUCUUGCAUUUAAGAUAUUUAGUCAACAGAAUGUCAUCUGAAUAAAGUGAAAAGUUGUUGUUUUUUUUCUGGAUGCCUUGAAAUGAGUUUUGCUUAAUAUUUCAGCAUCUUCCAGUAAAAAACGGUGUACCUGGCAGUAUUAUUAUACAUAUAGCUUACUAAUGGUGCCAUUUGGCAGAAAAUUCUUAGAAUUUGGGUUGAAAAUGUACAAAUAUUUACAUAUUUAUUUUUAAAUAGAUAGUUCAGUCAAAAAUGUAUUGUAUGCACAAUUUUUUUCUAUAAUUUUAAAGGCUUUUGGUAAUUUUUUAUGGUAAUGAUGGAUUUUGUAUUGUUUAAAAUUACCUCUACAAGUACUCUUUUUUUUCUGUUUUCCAACAAAUUUAUAUAAAAAAAAAUAUAAAAAAAAAACAACUAGCAAAUUAAGCUAAUAUAAUAAAUAACAGUUAAUAUUAUGUAUGAAAAAAAAUGUUGAGUACAUUUAGAAAGACCUCACCUCUUUCUUUAAAGAUGCGUAUAACAUGCCCCUUCUCUGUUUUCUGCUGAGACAGAAGCAUUGUACUUGGGAUUUUGCUGUAGAUUAGUGUUUUUUUUU